CUGUUGGAGACUCCUUUUUACUCUUUUCUUUAUUAUGCUUUUGUUUGAAGUGUAGUCUUCCUCUCUGAAGACUGUCGACGUCGCGCGCCAAGCUUCAAGUUGCUUUUGGUUAGUUAUGGACUGAAAUCGGUCAUUGCGUCCAGACGGGUGACUAACAAAUGACUGAAAGUCGUAGAAGAAGCUGGUUUCAAGACGAUUGUUGGUUCUGCUGACACAGUUGUUCCAAUGUCAUCUGCCCUGGUCGUCGGGUCUUCGCAUCACUGGGACCAAACAACAGUAAAUAUCUUUGUAUCUGCUCGCUAGAGUUAAGCGGCGUUUAGUAUUGAGGUUUUGUGAAAUCGCCAAAAUUUGUGCUCAUUCAAGCAGCCGACAACCACACAGCAUUAUCAAAGACACAUUGAGUCUUGGCAGAUCCUCUCUUCAAUUUAUAAAGCUCCUCCUCCUGUAGUGAAGCUCCUCCUUCCUUUCAGUCCAGCUAUAAAAUACUGGAAUAUUCCCAUCUGAAUGAAGUGAAAUCUACAAAGAGAGUUUAUUGAAGGACAGAAAGAACAUGAGUGAUCCAAAACCCUGCAAAAUUAAACAGGAAGAGACCGAUGACCGACAGAACAUGAAUGAUCCAGAACCCUGCGGAAUUAAACAGGAAGAGACCGAUGACCGAGAGCACAUGAAUGAUCCUGAAACUUGCGGAAUUAAACAGGAAGAGACUGAGGACACAGAGAACAUGAGUGAUCCAGAACUUAAAGAGGAAGAGACUGAAGAACAAACAGACUUAAACGAGAGUGAGGAGAGCGAAUACGAUGAACGAAAGGAUUUAAAGAAAAGGAGACGGAAGAAAUGUUUGACCUGCAGUCAGACUUUUGUUACUGCUGGACAACUGAAACGGCACCAGGUGAUUCACGCAGGAGAGACAAAAUACACGUGUUCACACUGCGGCAAGGCAUUCACUCAAGUACAAAACCUGAAAAGACAUGAGAGGAUUCACACUGGAGAGAAACCGUACAAGUGCUCACACUGCGACAAGAGCUUCACCCAGUUACCAAACCUAAAAUGUCAUGAGAGGAUUCACACUGGAGAGAAACCCUACAGAUGUCAGCAGUGUCUGAAGCGUUUCACACAGCUGUCACAACUUCAGAAACACACAAACAUGCACAGAAAAGCAGGACACGUAAUUUAAAUGGAGCACUAAAAGAUCUCAUGUGGAACUGAGGUUUAAUAAGAGGCUGAAUGUGAAGUCUAUCCAUUCUCUUUGAGUAUUUGCUUCUUUUACCAUUUCUUUAAUUUGAUCUUCAUCUCUUUCCAUUUACCUAAUAUGUCAGGAUACAUUUUUUUAUUUAAGCAGAUCUGCAUAUUAAAAAUUGAAUUGAAUUGCGUAGAUGUGCUUUUGAUAUUGGUGCAUGUAGAUGCUUUUGAUAUUGGUAGAGACCUAAUUUACAUGAUUUUCCUCUUGGAGGAAUGAAUGCAGACUUCUGGGAGGGGGAAAGCAUAUGACCAUUAAUAAUCAGUAUUUACCAUUAUAAUAGCCAUUUUAUCUCGAUUGUUGUUUGUCAUAAUUGUUGUGGAGGCCAAAAUUGAAACUAAACUUUGAUUAAUUGCAUAGAAAUGGCAGGCGCUAUCAAAGCACAGAGGGAGAAAAUGUGGCGAUGUUGUGAUAAACAACAGCAGUUCACUGAAUUCUCAAAACAAAAUUGUUUAGAACUUUGGUUAUGAAAUAAAUAGUUAAAUGACAAAUAGUUCAGCUUGGAGUUAAAAUAAAA